AUGAAGUUUGGUGAACAUUUGAGAAAAGCAUUGAUUAAAAACUACUCCUUCUACUACAUUUCAUACGAUGACUUGAAACACCAAUUGAAGAAAGGAUUGAAAGAUAACGAUUACCAAUGGAAUAAUGAGCUAGAAGAAGAAUUCCUCAAUCAAUUGGAAACUGAAUUGGACAAGGUGUAUUCCUUCACCAAGGUAAAAAACACCGAAGUCAAUAGAAGACUCAAAGAAUCGGAAAAGUAUGUUCAUGAGGUGGUCAACACCUUGCAUCGCUACGAAAACAAUGACCCAUUGGUCACCUCACCACCACAAGAACAAGAUUUCGAAGACUUGGAAGAGGAAUUAUCAGACAUUAUUGCUGAUGUUCAUGAUUUAGCCAAGUUUUCUCGUUUAAACUACACUGGAUUUCAAAAAAUCAUCAAGAAGCAUGACAAAACCACUGGCUACCAUUUGAAACCAGUUUUCCAAGCAAGGUUGAACUCUAAACCAUUCUACAAGGACAAUUACGAUAACUUGAUUGUUAAAUUGUCGAAAUUGUACGACUUGGUUAGAACUAGAGGUAACCCAAUCAAAGGGGAUUCAUCCGCUGGUGGCUCACAACAAAACUUUGUUCGUCAAACUACAAAAUACUGGGUUCAUCCUGAUAAUAUUACUGAAUUGAAGUUGAUCAUCUUGAAACAUUUGCCAGUGUUGGUGUUUAAUGCUGAUAAAGAGUUUGAACCUGAAGAUUCGGCAAUCACAUCCAUCUAUUUCGAUAAUGAAGACAUGGAUUUGUACUAUGGAAGAUUAAGAAAAGAUGAAGGUGCUGAAGCGAUUAGAUUGAGAUGGUAUGGUGGUAUGAAAUCAGACCAGAUUUUCGUGGAAAGAAAGACCCACAGAGAAGAUUGGACCGGUGAAAAAUCAGUCAAGGCAAGGUUUGCGUUGAAGGAGAAGAAAGUCAAUGCUUAUUUGUCAGGUGAAUUGAAAGCUAGUGAGAUUUUUGACAAGAUGAGAAAGGAAGGCAAGAAAAGUCCCCAAGAGAUUGAAAAUUUGGAAAGAUUAGCCCAAGAAGUACAAUAUCGUGUUCUUAAGGAUAAGAUGCGUCCCGUCAUGAGAUCAUUUUACAACAGAACUGCUUUCCAAUUACCUGGAGAUGCAAGAGUCAGAAUCUCAUUGGACACCGAAUUGACAAUGGUUAGAGAAGAUGAUUUCGACGGAUUUGAUCGUACUCAUGGAAACUGGAGAAGAAUGGAUAUUGGUGUCGAUUAUCCCUUCCCUCAACUACCAGACAAGGAUGUUUGUAGAUUCCAAUACGCUGUGUUGGAAGUGAAGUUGCAAACUCAAAUGGGUCAGGAACCACCAGCAUGGGUCAGAGAUUUGGUAAAUUCUCACUUGGUUGAGGCUGUUCCCAAAUUUUCCAAGUUUAUUCACGGUGGAGCAACUUUGUUGACUGAAAUGGUUGAUCUUUUACCAUUUUGGUACACUCAAAUGGAUGUUGAUAUUAGAAAGCCAAAAAUCGUUCAGGAAUACGGUAUCCAACGUCAUCAAGGUCAGCCGCACCAGCAGAGAUUAGGAUCUAGCACUAGUGGUAACGAUUUGGAUGAGGAAGAAUUGACCGGGUCAUCUUACACUGGAGUCCAUUUCUCAAACGAUAUUAAUCCAUUGGAAGAAGACUUGGAUGAACAAACCCCACUUUUGCUUCCUAGCAACUACAGCUCUCGUCAAACCAACUCACCAGUCAAGAACUUCAUCUACCAUAUGUACGGAAAAUUCUUGCACUUCUUCAAUGACGAUCGUACAUUUACCGUUAAACCGGGUACAAAUUUCGACUUGAAUGCUACAUUCAAGGACAAGUUGCCAGAAGGAAAGACAAUUUGUGUUCCAGUUAGAAUUGAACCAAAAGUGUAUUUCGCAAACGAGCGUACAUUCCUCAGUUGGAUCAGUAUUGGUAUGUUGAUGGGAUUCACAGCUACUACAUUGUUGAAUUACGGAACUAAUAGUGCAUUGACUGCCAGUAUUGGAUUCUUUAUCACUGCGUUGUUCACUUUGGGAUAUGCCACAUACAGAUACAUCUGGCGUGUGUUGAUGAUCAGAGAGAAGAAACCUGUGCAGUAUGGUGACAAGUUUGGACCUAAUAUGAUUUGUUUGUUUUUGUUUUUGGCAACCUUUGUCUCAUUCGUGUUCAAGUUUACAGAGUGA